AUGGCUGCUGCUGUGCUGCUGGCCGUGGGUAUGCGCGCCGCGCACAGAACCCUAGCGGCCGCGGGGUCCCGGGGGGCGCAGGUCCGAGGAAAUGCAGGUAUGUCUGACGGGAGUGAAGUGGCCAAGGCCCAGAAAGCAGUUCCUGGAGGAGCGGCGCCAACCAUCUUCUCCCGGAUUUUGGACCGGAGCCUCCCAGCUGACAUUCUAUAUGAAGAUCAGCAGUGCCUAGUGUUCCGAGAUGUAGCCCCUCAGGCUCCUGUGCACUUCCUGGUCAUUCCUAGAAAGCCCAUUCCUCGAAUUAGCCAGGCUGAAGAAGACGACCAACAGCUUCUAGGACACUUACUCCUCGUGGCCAAGAAGAUAGCACAGGCGGAGGGUCUGAAAGAUGGGUAUCGACUUGUGGUUAACGAUGGGAAGAUGGGCGCACAAUCUGUGUACCACCUGCACAUUCACGUACUCGGAGGCCGGCAACUGCAGUGGCCACCUGGUUAAACCUGCCAGCUGCCCUGGGACCGCGGGCCUGGAUGCUUGGAUGGAGAACCGGAAAAGGGAUCCUGUGAUGUUAAUAAACGUAUUUCCCCCUCCGA